GGUAGAUAAUUAUAAACAGUACUAUAAUGAUGUCUUUCACAAAUAUUUUGAUAUAGUUCAACUUUCUGCCAAAGUGUUUUAUAAUUUCUUAAUGGAAGAUGUUAAACAGUUGUGUAUCCUCUCUGACCAGGAAGAGGAAUCCGGUGAAAUAGAUUUGAUGAUGUUGAGUUUAGCAUACAUUGAUUGAAUACUUUGGACAAUGACUGGGCUACAUUCAUUCUACCACAGGACCAAGUGUGGAGACAGAGUUUUCUGCAUCAAAUUGGGAAAUAUCUAUUUGUGUUGAGAGAUCACAUGAUAUCACUGGUAAUUCAGUCUAUUCAGAAUGAUAAGUAUCAUGGAUUAAAACUGCCAGAUGAACUAGAGGAUAUGCAGUUCACAUCGUCACAGGAUUUUACUAGACUUGGUCCAGCACCAACAACCUUCUUAGCACAAUCAGAACACUCAGCAUUCAGCAGUGUACCAUCUUCAGGCAACCAUACACCACGCUCACCACAGUGUAUAACAAAAAGGCUAACACCAAUCCAUGUCAAAUCCCCACUAGAUGAUAAACCUGAUAUACAGUCUGUGUUGUCAUCAAAGGAAGGGAGGGAGUCCCCAAAUCAUAUGUCCACAAUUACUGCCAAUCAACAGCAAGAUGGAAACCAGGUAACACCAGGUAGUGCUGCUGCUGGAGGUGGUAAUUUCAACAUAGAUGAUGAAUUCAAGGUCACAUCAGUAAGAACUAUAAAACAAAAUGAAAUUGAUGGUAAUACAACAUCUGCAUCUGAAGAUGAGAUUUUGUCAUUUGCAAUUAAAGAGAUUUCUCACAGUACAGACGUUAAGCAAUUAGUAGCUAGAAGUUAUGAGAUAGAAAGCCAAUUAGCUCAAGUCGGUGCAAGGGCGCAGUCAGCUCCACAAGAAACCAUGCACCAGUUUCCACUCAGCGAUGAGAGCCCAAGUUGUGGCUAUAAUUCAGCAGCUUCCAUGCUGAGCGAUGAUGAUGUCACAGCAUUUGGGGUCAGUGGGUCACUGGUUACUGUGACAGAACAUAACAACCCAUCAGCAAUUGAGGCUAGUGCAAUAAAAGAUGAAAUUGAUGAAGCUCUUUGUAAAGAGGAUAUUACCAGUGAUCAGAAUGUGAUCACCGACCUAACUGAAUGUCACAAGACAUCCACGCAUGAACUUUCUGCUCAAGUUAAUGAACCCUUAGAUACAGAAUCUGCUCUGCUACAGGACACACAGACAAACACAAUUCUAUGCAAGGUAUCCACGUUAUACCGACUGCUGCUUUGCCUGACAGUCAAACUUCCACCUCUCGAGACUCCUUCAGAACUAUUCACUCCUCCAUACCAAGCUCUGUCUCAGUUGUUAGAGAAGAUGCCCCACUUGGGGAUUUACUCCAAACAGACAGUCAGACCUCGCUGACCUCGUGUGCUGAGACCGCUGAAGAGAAGGAGAAACUUGAAAAGUUUCUGCCAGUGUCUAGUUCUGUGAUUGAUGUGAUAUGUGUUGUGAAACGUCUCUCUGUGUUCGUCACCACCAUGUAUGAAAUGCUGCAGCCUAAACACGAUUGUUGUAGUUCCUGUGUACUCAACGAGGAUUAUACUCUCGAGCAUAUGGUUGCCAUGGGAGAUGUAAGGAAACAGGCACAGAAAAUUGGAAGUACUUUAUUCAGUAAAAUGUUACAGGUGUUUUCGAGUACUCUUUGUAACUAUG